AUGCGCCCGCACCACUCCGCCUACGCGCCCUCAAGCGGCCCGGGCGCGGGCGCGUCUCUGUCUAGCGGCUUUUUUUUCGGCGGGACCGCCUUGGGCGCCGCGGGGGGAAGCCUCUCGGGGUCUCUGCCCCUGGCGAUGAGUUACCCCUCUGGCGCCGUGAGCAGCUCGAGCAAUGCGCGGGGAGGCUCCCAGCCUCACGCCAACGCCCGGCGAAGCAGCUGGAGCACUGCUUGCGCGGUACUGGGCUUUGAGCGAGUCACCGGUGUCUAUCUCUUCUCGUGUCUCGCAUGCAUCAGCGUCGCCAUCGCCUUCAACACUGCUGGGUCCGUAGCGUACGAAUACUACGUCAGCUGCCACGGGAGUGCGACGGUGUCGCACGGCGUCUUUCUCGUUCUCGUCGCGUUUCAAGUUUUCUUUAUUGUGCUCAAGUGGUGGCGGCCGACUUCCUCCGCGGCCUGGGCGUGGCUAGGCGACGCGCCGGCGGCACCUAGCCACGCCCAGGCCGCUCCCGCGGUCCCCCUCGCCGCGCGGGCGUCGCCUGCGGGAGGCGACUUGCGCCUCGAAGACCUCAUUCAGAAGGGGUCUGACCCCACAGCGGUCGCCGCCGCCGGCGCCCUGGGGGCCAGCGAGAAGGCGGGGGGGUUACUGUUUCGCGACGACCCCCGCAACCCCGGCGCCGCCCUGUGGCACCACGGCGGGCUCCGCUUGAAGGCGGCACUGCGCGAAGGCGAGGAAAGCCUCUCCGCCCGCAGCCGCCAAAGUGGACUGGGCGCGGGCAGCAGCGACCGCGAAGGAGACGGAGAGCUCUUCGCCGCAGUCGGAACGGUGGGUUUCUGGCGCACUCUGCCGGCGCUGAACGAGUCGCUCACUCGUGAAGGGCCUUCCGCGCCGCCGCUGCUGAUGGAGGAGGAGCACUCGGACCCAGACAUCGAUGAUGGACGCCCGGCCUUUUCAGCGAGAUUCCGCGAUCUGGAGAGCGGAAGACAGGGCUUUUUGUACACGGGGGGACGGGCGCUGCUCGUCCCCUCGUGGCGGCCGAGGGGCAUCUGUUGGAACUCCACGUGGGUGACGCUGGAGUACCUCGUCUACGGUCUCGGGUUUUACUCCGCAGUCCUCGGCUGGCGAGUCUACGGCGGCCUCGCGACCAGCAACUUCGCGACGCUGCGGACCUGCGCCCACAUGAACGUCCUCUCUUUCGGUGCUGAUUUGCCGCUGGUUCACAGCGUCGUCUCGGAUUUCUCGUUUGUUGAGAGCUACCUCGCGCUGGCCACGACGAUGCUGAUUGUGCGCAAGUACCGCGACCCCUACUGGCUGAGCUCGUACUGCAGCUGGGACCUCUUCCGGAAGUGCCCCAAGUCGCUCAAGACCGUCUUCAUUCUCCAGGCCUUCCUGCAGGUGGCGAUCCUUGCCACAGCCGCGGCGAAAAUCGCGCGCUGCUGGAUGACAGGCUACGGCACGCCUAUGCAGAUUCUCUCGGCGCUGAUGCUGGUCAGCGUCCUCAUGUGGGCGGUGACGGUUCUCGGGCACGUGCUGCAGACCGACCGCAUGCCGACGACGUUCGCCCCAACCCUGGAAUAUCAUUGGCUCUGGGCCAUGAUCUGCAUGGCGAUCAUCUGGUUUUGUGGCUUCCUCUUUUAUCUCUCGGUCUACGGCGUGCGGUGUUGGCCGUUCCUCGCUGUACAUACAGCCGUCUGGCUCGUCUACGUGCUGGUCACUGCGUGGAAAUUCCACGCCAUCUUCCCAAACUGGAUGUCUGGCCUAGAAGAUACCGAGGCCUUCUCCCCUCCGUCCGACGACCAGCGCCACGUCUUGGCGCGGGGCAGGAGAGAGCAGAGCGUUCGCGUGUUUAGAGACGAGCCCAGACUUGGCAGCGCCCUUGGCAUGCCAGCGAGUUACCGCUGA